GCCGCCUCCUACAUCGCCGAUGCGCCCGCCGCUCUCGGCCGAACUCGAAUCCAUUGCAUCCAUUUACGAAUCGAGUCUGGACAUAAACGUCGAUAGCUGCGAGUUUGCGCCACGCGCUGUGGAGCCACGCACUGUAGACAAGCCCGUGCAGCGCCGCCCGACCAUCGACACGCGCAGGGUGCCUGGCAAUGAGGUUUUGCGGAGGCUAAGGCUGAGUGCCGGGUCGCGUCAGACUAGGCCGUUCCGCGCCAGUAUGCUGAACCGCGCGUUCCAGCCACCCUCCGAGCAUAGCGAGGAGAGAGGUGUAGCUGCGCGUGGAAACCAGCGCCCAGUGGCUGGUAAGCAGCAGAGCGUGUUUGCUGCUUCGGGCCGGUUUGCAAGAACUGCAAAUCUGCUUGGAUCUGGGUAGAAGACAGUUUUCCAUUUAUUACCUUGAUAUAUUUGAAGUUCUUUCAGCAGUAUAUUAGAAGUAGCAUUUGCCGUCUUG